AUGAAAAUUUUUAAAAAAUUUAUGAACUCCCCACACGUGUAAAUUUUGCAUUUUUAAGAGUUGAGUUUUAAAUUGGGAAUAAAUUAAAAGAAAAAAAAAUAAUUAAUUUAAUUUACAAAAGAUAUUAUUUAUAAUUUAAAAAUAAAAGAGGAGAUGAAUAAAAAAUUAUUAAUCUUCAUUGCCACUGUUUUAAUUGUUGGCCUUGUCUAUGCAGCUGAUGAUGAAAAGAAGAAGGUUGAAUGCCCUGUCAUUGGUAUCGAUUUGGGUACAACCUACUCUUGUGUCGGUGUCUACAAAAAGGGUUAAGUAGAAAUCAUUCCUAACGAAUUAGGUCAUAGAAUUACUCCCUCAGUCGUAGCCUUUACUGAUGAAGAAAGACUCGUCGGUGAAUCAGCUAAGAACUAAGCCGUUAACAACCCUACCAGAACUUUAUACGACGUUAAGAGACUUAUUGGUCGUAAAUACACCGAUAAGACUGUCUAAUACGACAAGAAGUUCCUUCCCUACGAAAUUAUUGAAAAGAAUGGAAAGCCUUACAUCAAGGUUGACAACGUCAGAGGUGAAACCAAGGUCUAUGCCGCCGAAGAAAUCUCUGCUAUGGUCCUCGUCAAGAUGAAGGAAAUCGCUGAAACCUUCUUGGGUACCACUGUCAAGAACGCCGUCGUUACCGUCCCCGCUUACUUCAAUGAUGCCCAAAGACAAUCUACCAAGGAUGCUGGUGCCAUCGCUGGUUUGGAUGUUUAGAGAAUUUUGAACGAACCUACCGCCGCUGCCAUCGCUUACGGUUUGGAUAAGAAGCAAGGUGAAAAGAACAUUUUGGUCUUCGAUUUGGGUGGUGGUACUUUUGAUGUCUCCAUCUUAACUAUUGAUGAAGGUGUUUUCGAAGUUAUUGCUACUUCUGGUGAUACUCACUUGGGUGGUGCUGAUUUUGAUCAAAGAGUUAUGGACUACUUCAUUAAGCUCACCAAGAAGAAACACAACAGAGAUAUUUCUGGUGACAAGAGAGCUAUCCAAAAAUUGAAAAGAGAAGUUGAAAAUGCCAAGAGAAAGCUUUCUUCUACCAUGACUGCCUAAAUCGAAAUUGAAGAUUUAGUCGAAGGUUUGGACUUCAAUGAAGAACUCACUAGAGCUAAAUUCGAAGAAUUGAACGCUGACUUAUUCAAGAAGACCAUCGGUCCCGUCCAAACUGCCUUGGAAGACUCUGGUUUCAAGAAGACUGAUAUUCACGAAAUCGUCUUAGUUGGUGGUUCUACUCGUAUCCCCAAGAUCAGAAAGCUCGUCCAAGAUUUCUUCGGUAAGGAACCUAACACUGGUAUUAACCCCGAUGAAGCCGUUGCUUACGGUGCUGCCGUCCAAGGUGGUAUCAUCUGUGGUGAAACCUUCAGUGAACCUAUCGUUAUGAUUGAUGCUACUCCCCUCUCCUUAGGUAUUGAAACCGUCGGUGGUGUUAUGUCUACCAUCAUUCCCAGAAACUCCGUCUCCCCCACCAAGAAGACUUAAACUUUCACCACCUAUCAAGAUAACCAAGAAACCGUCACUAUUCAAAUCUUUGAAGGUGAAAGACCUAUGACCAAGGACAAUCACUUGUUGGGUAAGUUUGAUCUCACUGGUAUCCCUGCUGCUCCCAGAGGUCAACCCCAAAUUGAAGUUACCUUCGAAGUCGAUGUCAACGGUAUCUUACAAGUUAGCGCUGUUGAAAAAUCCGCUGGUGUCAAGAACCAAGUUACUAUUACCAACGACUCUAGUAGACUUUCUAAGGAAGAAAUCGAAAAAAUGCUUGAUGAUGCCAAGAAAUUCGAAGCUCAAGAUAAGGUCGCCAAGGAAAGAAUCGACGCUAAGAACUCUUUGGAUUCUUACGUCCACUCUAUGAGAAACACCGUUGAAGACGAAGCUAAGCUCGCCAACAAAAUUAAUGAAGAUGACAAGAAAACCAUUAAGGACGCUCUUAAAGAAACUUAAGACUGGCUCUCCGCUAACCCUGAAGCUGAUAAAGAAGAAUAUGAAGAAAGAAAGACCAAACUUGAAGGUAUCUGUAACCCUAUUAUUAGUAAGGCUCACCAAUAAGCUGGUGGUUCCUCCCACGCUGAUGAAGAUGUUAAUGUCGAUCUUUGA